CCCCAUUUCCCCCUUCGCCUCGCUCAAACCGCCAACAGCAUCGACUCGGCGGCGGGGCGGCGGCGGGGAAGCAGGCGGAGGCAGCGCCGGAGAGGGCACGGAAUGCCGCCUAAGUCCGACAGCGUGGAAGGAAUCGUCCUCAACUUCGUCAACGAGCAAAAUAGGCCAUUGAAUUCUCAGAAUGUAGCUGACGCACUACAGAAGUUUAGUCUUAAGAAGACUGCAGUGCAAAAAGGACUGGAUGCAUUGGCUGACAGUGGCCAAAUAUCUUUCAAGGAGUAUGGUAAGCAGAAAAUCUAUCUGGCUCGGCAAGACCAGUUCGACAUUCCAAAUGGUGAAGAACUUGAGGAGAUGAAGAAAGCAAAUAACAAGCUACAGGAAGAACUCGCAGAACAAAAGAAAAUUACUAGUGAGGUCGAAUCUGAGAUAAAAGGUCUACAGUCAAACUUGACACUGGAAGAGAUUAAGUCAAAGGAGGCCAGAUUACAAAGUGAGGUCCAGGAAAUGGAAGAAAAAUUGAGUAAAUUGCAGAGUGGUAUGAUCUUGGUGAAACCUGAAGACAAGAAGAUAAUUGAAGGAUCCUUCUCUGAGAAAGCUAACCAGUGGAGGAAGCGAAAGAGGAUGUUCAAGGAGCUAUGGGAUAAUAUCACUGAGAAUAGCCCCAAAGACCAGAAGGAAUUUAAGGAAGAACUUGGCCUUGAGUAUGAUGAAGAUGUCGACGUGAACUUCCAACCAUACAGUGAAAUGCUGGUGAAUCUCGCCAAAAGGAGAAAAGUUUCGCGCUGAGGAUGUAGGGGCAUGGGAGUAUCUCAGAUCAGAUUUAUGUUAUCAGCCAAACAGCUCCAUGGUUUUGCUAGUUUCUUAGUCAGGGUGUUUGUUCUAGUUUCUCCAGACUGAUGAUGUUCGUCCGCUGAUGCUAAUUUAUCUGCUCUGAGAACUCUAGCUGGUAGCUUCAGUGGUAGAUUAUGUGAGGUUUGCAGCAUGUUUUGAACCAGUCAUGUAAUAUAACUUCUUCACCAUCUUGAAUUAUAUCGAGGGGCCUUAUCACUGACAA